UCUUCAAUUCCUCCACACUCUCUAAAAUAGUAGAACAAAAAACCCUAAUUAAAAAACUAAAAAUAGUGAGGGGAAGGAGAAAAAGAGACAAAAAUCAUCUGGGAAAUUUCAAUUCAAUCAACCUUCUCAGGGUCUCCCAAAUCCUCUUUUUUUUCUAAAUUUCUCUACUCCAUCGCUAGAUCUGCUUUCAGUCUUGAUCAAAUAUUUAUACAUGAAAGUUUAGGGGAGAUUACUCCAUUUCACUUACAGAAACAAGUUACUGUGCAUCUAAUCGUGAUGAAAAAGAGGUAAUCGGUGCUUUGUUGGGUGUGUUUAUCUAUGGCGGACGCGCUAUCUGUGAUUCCAGCAGCGGUUCUCCGUAAUCUCUCGGAUAAACUUUACGAGAAGCGCAAAAAUGCUGCUUUGGAGGUGGAAGGGAUAGUGAAGCAAUUAGCAUCAUCAGGGGAUCAUGAUAAAAUCACUGCAGUUAUCAAUUUGUUGACCAAUGAGUACACGUACUCGCCCCAGGCAAAUCAUCGUAAAGGAGGGUUGAUAGGAUUAGCUGCAGCAACAGUGGGUUUGACUUCGGAAGCAGCACAACAUCUUGAUCAAAUUGUUCCACCAGUCCUGAAUUCCUUUUCUGAUCAAGAUAGCAGAGUUCGUUAUUAUGCCUGUGAAGCUCUGUAUAACAUCGCCAAGGUCGUGAGAGGUGAUUUUAUAGUGUUCUUCAACCAAAUAUUUGAUGCACUGUGUAAGCUUUCAGCAGAUUCAGAUGCCAAUGUACAGAGUGCUGCUCAUCUUUUAGAUAGACUUGUAAAGGACAUCGUCACUGAGAGUGAUCAAUUUAGCAUUGAAGAGUUUAUACCUUUGUUGAGAGAACGAAUGAAUGUCCUAAACCCUUAUGUCCGGCAGUUCUUGGUGGGAUGGAUUACUGUUCUAGAUAGUGUGCCCGAUAUUGAUAUGCUGGGGUUUCUUCCUGAUUUUCUUGAUGGCUUAUUUAACAUGCUAAGUGAUUCAAGCCAUGAAAUAAGGCAACAAGCCGAUUCUGCACUUUCAGAAUUUCUUCAAGAAAUCAAGAACUCUCCAUCUGUAGAUUAUGGUCGCAUGGCCGAGAUACUGGUACAAAGAGCAGCUUCACCUGAUGAAUUUACUAGACUAACUGCUAUUACUUGGAUUAAUGAGUUUGUAAAACUUGGUGGGGACCAACUAGUUCCUCAUUAUGCUGAUAUUCUUGGCGCAAUCCUACCUUGCAUAUCGGACAAGGAAGAGAAAAUAAGAGUUGUUGCUCGUGAAACAAAUGAAGAGCUCCGGGGAAUCCAUGCUGAUCCAGGUGAAGGAUUUCAUGUACAAGCCAUCCUCUCCGUAGCCAGGAGGCAUCUGUCUAGUGAAUGGGAGGCUACACGUAUUGAAGCACUGCAUUGGAUAUCAACCCUAUUAAAUAGACAUCGGGCCGAGGUUCUAUCAUUUCUAAAUGACAUUUUUGAGAGUCUUUUAAAGGCACUUUCAGAUCCUUCUGAUGAGGUAGUGCUUUUGGUACUUGAGGUCCAUGCUUGCAUAGCCAAAGAUGAGAAGCAUUUUCAUCAGCUCAUCGUUUACUUGGUUCAAAAUUUUCGGGUUGACAACUCUCUCUUGGAGAAACGUGGUGCUUUGAUCAUCCGUAGACUGUGUGUACUUUUAGAUGCCGAGACAGUUUAUAGGAAGCUUUCCGCCAUACUUCAAGAAGAAUCUGAUUUGGAUUUUGCAUCUAUUAUGGUUCAGGCUCUGAAUUUGAUUUUGCUCACUUCAUAUGAGUUGGCUAACCUUCGAGACCUCCUGAAGAAAUCUUUGUUCAAUGAUGCUGGAAAAAACUUAUUCCUCUCUUUAUAUACAUCAUGGUGCCAUUCACCGAUGGCCAUUAUAAGCCUUUGCUUAUUAACUCAGGCUUACCAGCAUGCAAGUUCUGUCAUUCAAUCUUUGGUUGAGGAGGAUAUUAAUGUGAAAUUUCUUGUCCAAUUGGACAAAUUGAUCCACCUUCUGGAGACUCCUACUUUUGCCUACCUUAGACUACAGCUUCUUGAACCGGGAAGAUAUAUAUGGUUGUUGAAAGCGUUGUAUGGUCUUCUAAUGUUGCUUCCCCAGCAAAGUGUAGCAUUCAAGAUUCUCCGCACUAGAUUAAAAACUGUACCUUCAUACUCCUUCAGUGGUGAACAAUUCAAGCGACUGUCAUCAGGAAAUGCUUUUUCAGAAGUUAAUCACUUUGGUGGUUCAGAAAUUUUGGAGGAUGGUAUGAAUGAAGAUCAAAGGAAUGCGCGUAACGGAAUAAAUUUUGCUUCAUGGCUGCAGCAGUUUGAGCGAGUUCAGCAGCAGCAUCGAGUGCAUUCUAAGUCACAGGCACUAUCUCGAUACAGUUCUACUUCAUCUGCCAAGGUUCAGGAAGUACAAACACCAGAAGAACCAAGGCGGCCUUCGCCAGUGCCAGAUAUGAACAGACCUCCAUCAAGGUCUUCGCGGAGAGGUCCUGGGCAAUUACAACUUUAAGUGUUCUACUCUAUUGUCUAAAGUUAAUUAUACAAGUCAUCUAAUUAUUCAAGCCCAGUGAAAUUUGUAAAUUGUAUAUUCCUGUAGUUUCUUUAAAUUGAAGUAUAAAGGGUUGGGAUGGUGGGCAGAGUGGGGUUUCCUUAGCAUGCUUGGAUGUGCCAAGCAAUUCUUUUUCUGAACUGAUACCCCCACGUGGUUGUGUUGUUUUUAUUGAAAACCAUGUGGGACAAGAUAUAUUUUGAGUUUAGGGAUGUAUUGAGUUUGUUUGCAUAUCAUCUUUAUUCAUAUGCUACUACAGUAUAAUAAAUGUAUAAUUUGUGCA